AUGUACACUAACACAGCUUCUAUUCAAAGAGAAAGCUUUGUUAUACAAGUUUCAGAAAAUUUUCAAUCUUCACAAGCUAUUAGGCCAUCUUCUAAUAAAUUGAUCAAUUUCUCAGCCAUGAAGCUUUUCGAUCGCUUCCGCAAGAUCGUCAUGCGGUUCGUUUUUCCUGUCCCGACGUCCGGCCGAAGGAGGCCGAAUCGAACUGAGGCAGCGAUGUCGGCCUCCAGGCCGGGCUCAGGACAGAGACGUAGGUCUUGUGAUCGGCCCGACCCGCCCAAGACCUCGUGUAGCUCCUAUUAUUCGUCAACUUCUCAUUAUAAUGAAGCUAUAGCUGAUUGUAUAGAGUUCUUCAAUAAGUCAUCACAAGAUCAGGGAAUUUUUAGUGGUAGAAAAUCAGAUGUUAUUGUGUGA